AUGGUCUUAACGGAGACAGCCAUCGGUCAUCUCGCUAAAGAUGAUUUACUAAAUGAAAGUGAUUCUUCGGCGUCUCAGGAUGUAGAGGCCACUGAGGAUACACAACACAUAGAAGAUUCCGAGGAAGAAAACGUUAUAUCAAAAAGGCGUAAGGCAAAUGCAAUAUCAUCAGACUCAGAAGGCGGGACUUCGCGUCGUAAACAUGAAGACGAUGAAGAAGCUAGGGUUAGCGACUUUGAGGAUUCCGAGGAUGAGAGCUCAGAGUCUGCAAAACGCUCCAAGCGGAAGAAAAAGCCCUCGGAAAGCGACGGAUCAGCGGGAUCUAGUAAUGAGGGAAAAAAGAAACGUCGACGCAUAAAACAAGUUAAUGAUAGUGAUGGAUCUGGAUCGGACACUGAAAAUGAAGGUAGAAAUAAACACGGCAGGAAGAAUAUACGUAAGGUAAUGGGUAAGAAUCAGUUAGAGGAAGCUACAAAGAAAGCUGCUCGCGAAGAAAAGGAAAGAAUUGCUCGUAUUGCAGAUAGACAGAAAUUGUACAAUAAUUUGGACUUUGAUGAGACUGGAAAGCCGGAUGAAGUUGUCUUGGAAAAAGUCGUGUUGGAUUUCGAUCCAGAAACUAAAGAACCACUAAUUCAAGUUGACAGAGGUCUCGUCAAGAAGUUGAAACCACAUCAGGCUAAUGGUAUAAAGUUCAUGUGGGACGCGUGCUUCGAGAGUGCCAAGCGAAUCAAAAAAGACAGAGGCUCAGGAUGCAUCUUAGCGCAUUGCAUGGGUCUGGGAAAAACGUUACAAGUGAGUGUAUCAUUAUCCUUCUGUUUGGUAACUAGGUUAUGUUUAAUUGUAUAAAUUGGUUGGACU